AUGGAGAAGGGUAAGGAGGAAAAUGUAGAGAAGGUGGACGCCUUGGGCAGGAAGGUUUGGGACCGAAACUUUUAUACUGAGAAGGCCAUAGGUAAAUCAGGCGGAGGUGAUGUUGUUGAGGAGACUAUCUCAACGUUAUACCAGGGUACUUUUAAGAAGCCUGUUAUCACGGUUCCUGAGGUUCGCGAGGAUUUAAAGCCUAGGACAGAGACCAUAGACUUUUCAAAGUUUGUCGGAAGGUCAGACCUAGUUGAUGUUGACGGCCCAAAAUCUAAGCAGGGCGGCUUUUUUUGUAAGACUUGCAACUGCCUUCUAAAGGAUUCUCAAUCUUACUUGGAUCACUUGAAUGGGAAGAAACAUAACCGCCUUCUUGGUAUGACAAUGAGGGUUGAGAAAGUAAGCGCCAAAACUGUAGCUGAUAAACUAAGGAGGCUCUCUGAGAGAGACAGUUCGUCUGUUAAGACGAAGGAGGAGCUUGAAAAUGACGCCAGGGAGAGGAUAAAGGAGCUUGAAAUGUACGAAAAGGAGUUGAAGGAGAAAAGGAGGCUAAUGAAGUUGGAAAAGAAAAAGAGAAAACUUAAUCACGACUCCAGUUCAGAUUACAGCAGUGGUCAUAAAGUUAAAUCUGAGCGUAUUAAUGUUAAAUCAGAGUAUAAAGACUUUAAAUCAGAUUAUGACGAUGGCCUUAAAAGUGAAUAUAAGGUUAAGUCGGAAUAUGAGGACCAGGAGGAAUCCAGCGAGUUGGAGGCCAUGAGGAAGGCUGGUCUUCCAGUGUCAUUUUGCUAA